AUGUCAACAGGAUCUGACAUGGCAUUACCCGCCGAAUAUUUGGAGUUACUGUUGGCUCUGCACGUUGCCACCAUGACCCAAAAGUUGCUGCAUGGCGUCGGCUUCCUACAUAGUGAUUCUGAUAUUUCCCUUAUUUUUUCCGUGGUGACUAGAGGGCGUUGUGAACGAGUUGGUGAGCGACGAGGACUGAAUGCUACUGAGUAUGUCUUACCGAGUUUGUGGCAGCCUUCCAAGAAAAAAGGCACGCUCCUAAACUCCCGAAGAAAAAUCCGAUUCAUAGAGGGAAUUCACUCGUCGACAUCGACCAACAUCAGCACGAGUGGCUGGCAGAUUCCGAAGGGAAAAGGGCUGACCCGUGACGCGAUAACUUACAUCUGCGACAUGCUUCGAUCUUCCUUAUUGCUCCCUCUCGUUACUACGAAGCCCAGGUCUUGGACUGGAGAAUGGGGGAAAGAGGGCCCACAAGAGGAAAGGGGAAAUGAGACGCAAGGGGACCAACAGAAUCCGGCUAUAAAAUCCGGGUGGGAUGCAGCCUCGGGGUUAAAUCAAUGUUCGGCGACGGCGAUGGGUGGUGGUUCGAGGUCUGAUCUUGGUCUACUCAUAGAGGGGAACAAGCCACACGUUGCAGAGCCCGGGAUUCUGUGA